AACACUGCUGAACACUGUUUGGCCAAGGAAUCUGAUUGACAUUUGCAGGAGGAAUCACACAAUUUUUCUUUAUUAUUGCAACUAAAAGGACGAAACUGAACAUUCAGAGUCGAUUUACCCAGUGAUAAUUGCACGCAUUUUUCUCAACUAUCAGAUAAUGGAGGAUAUAGCAUUUUCGGAUCAGAACCGUGUACGAAUCCACGCAGUGCAGAGCUCUUUCCGCCGCACUGGAAAGACACUUCUGAUACCUGGACGUGUUCUGGUGGGAGAGGGUCGCUUGCUGAAGUUGUGCAGGCGUGGACCCAAGCCCAAAAUGUUUUUCCUCUUCAAUGACAUCUUAGUCUAUGGCAGUAUCAUGGUGCCUGGUCAUUGGAACAGUAACCAGCAGAUCAUCCCUUUGGAAGAGGUGCACCAGGAAGAUCUUGAAGAUGGAUUGGCAUUGGCUAACCAAUGGCUUAUCCGCACACCACGGAAGUCCUUCUAUGUGGUGGCUGCCUCAGCUGAGGAGAAGCGUGCAUGGAUGGGGUACAUUGAGCAGCAUAGGGCCCUGCUCUUGCAAAGUAAGGGCCUCCCCAUCGUCAGCACCGCUGUUAGGAACUUUGCUGCUACCUGGAUCCCUGAUAUGGCUUCAGCCAUCUGUAUGCGUUGUUCUGAACGCUUCAACGUUACCAAUCGGAGGCACCACUGCCGGAUGUGCGGCUUUAUAGUAUGCAACGAUUGCUCCAAGAAUCGGGCCAUGUUACACAACAUCUCCUCCAGACCAGUGCGAGUUUGCUGGCAUUGUAUGAACAACAUGCAAGAUGGACUAGAGCAGGGAAAGAAAACAUCCAAGGGAAAGAAUUGGAAGAACUCCUCAUUGGAGGACUCACCGUCACAACCCGAAUUUGAAACUUCCAGCGAAGAAGAGCUCGAGGAGCAGAUUGAAUACCAGGUGCCCACCAAGUGGUUCAGCAACCACCUGGAUAAUAACUCCCCUUAUUGUUAUCUAAAUCUCGAGCACAUAAAACCUCCCGUCAGUAGACUUUGCAACUAGACAGAAGUGAGAACUCACGAUAAUGAUGAACAUUGCUGGAAUAAAGCACGUGUUGCACCAAAACAUCUGGUGCACAGAGUAGAUUGCCAGCAGGUAUUGAGUAUUUUGCACUAUAGUCACUUCUACAUCUUGUAUUUUGCACUCUUAUUUUGUGUUGUAUUAUCAUGCGUUUUUGAAUGUAUACUGUAAUAUAAUUGUAUAGAAUAUGUUUUAUGGCUUAUCUGGUGUAAAAACAUAAUGUACAAAAUGUGAAAUGUGUGUACAUUGUAAUCAAGACA